UGAUUCAUUAUUUGAAGUUAUAUGCAAAUGCAACAACAGAAAGACACAACAAAACCAAAGAGCAUAAAUUAGAAGAAGCGAGUUCCUAUGUGGACGUUGGAUGCCAAACAUCAUCAUUUGAUCAGUACUCUUCGACGUUCUGCUACAACGAGAAUCUACCAUCGUCCAGCACUUUUGGAUUCCCAGUUACUUUUACUGAUAGAGAAGUCAAACUACUGUCACAGCCUGAUUCGAUAUCACAGCACUCAACUGAUGGAACAGAAACCAGCCGUGUUGUAAGGAUUCGAAACCCGGACCACGGCAAGAUAUGCGUCACUUCGUAUGCGGCAGUGGACGGGGCAAUAAACUUCCUCAAACUGACCGUCGAACUAAAAAGCCAAGGCGCCCCACACCGGCUCCUGCUCAGUCCAAGUGAGUCUCCUCUGCGCAUGCUCACAAGCGUGUUCCAUGUGGUGAGGGGCAUUGAGGAGGUGAUCCGGUGUGUGGUGGUCUUGAAACGCACCAAGGGCGACCACAACGGAGACCAUCACAACUAUGUUGUUGACCUGUUGAGCAGGGUUUGUGCUAUUGAUAGGCAGGUCAGAGAUUGCGUCAUUGAAAAGAUCGAGUUACUUAUGAAAUCUGCGUCUUCUGAUGAGGAAGACAUCUGGUGUUUAUCCCUGUUAAUACAAUAUUUGUGUGAGAAAAAUAGAGACAUGUGUUUUAAAUUAGUGAAAAUGUUAGUAAGACUGUUUUCUCUUGAAAUUGAGAGUCACGUCAAGAAGUCGGAACAUUGGGAAGUCCAGUCUGUUUACAGUUUUUGUAUUCUAAAUACUAUUAAAACUGUAGUGAGGUUUCUCAAAAAUCAAUUGGAAAAUGCCACUGAAAAAGACAAUUAUUCAACGCUGGACCGGUUCAUGACAUUAAAAAGUGAUUUAGCUAAAUCCUUCACACAGCUCGAAGCAAAUCAAAAUCAACAAGAAUCACCAUCUCUUAAUUUUUCUAAUCAUAAUCUGUGUCUAAUUUCUUACAUCUUUCAAGACAUUCUGAAGCACACGCAAGAUUGCAUAUCCUUGAUAGAGGAGAGAGCCUUGUCGUAGAAAAUAAUUGAACUUCAAUUUAUUAAUUUUCAAUAAAUAUUGGUAGAUUUUUUGUAUAAUUUUUAAUGCAUUCUUUACAUUCAAUAUUGCUUACAAUUAUUAUUUACAUUCCCUUAAAGAUCACAGUUCAUAAAUUAUACUUAGCCUAUUGUACAUUUUCAGUAAAAGUUUUACGCAACUUUCCAAUAUCUUGUUCUUUUGUAGAAAUUGAAAGUGAUAUGAUAACUUACUAAGUCCAUAAAUUAUACUUACUGUAAA